AUGUACUGUCUCAUAGAAUUUAAGGAAAAAGACGGGGGUGGACUUGCUGUUGUAUCAGACACAUGGCUGACGCCCCGUAAAAAGCAGGUAUAUUGGCCCCCUUAUAAAGAUAACGGCCAAUUUCGAAAGGCUUUAACAAAGGGCGAAGAGGUUAAUAGUGAGACUUGGAAAUUAUAUGAUAUCCAUCGUACAUUCUAUGAAUGUGAUGAUUAUGCUAAAGCAUGCAUUAAAUUAAAGAAGGCCCAAGUUACAUCAGACAUACAAUCUGAUGAAAAUGAGGAAGUAAUACAGAAAAGAAGACGUAUUCCAAGAAAACUAUCUUAUUCAGAUAGUGAAGAAGAAGACAGCUGCAAACUUCCUCGUCCUCCACCUAUAAAAUUAGGAAAAACUAGUACACCUGCCUUAGUUAACUUACUUUCGAGUACAUCACCUGAAGUAACUCCUAGCAGUUCAUAUAUUGCUUCGUCACAGGCAUCGACUGAUACUUCCAGAGACACAACUCUCGAUAGAGCAGCAUAUGAGACACUUCUUAAGUAUGUUUUAAAAGUAAAGGAGCAAAAUCAACAAAUUUUGUCUUUACUACAAAAGAAGUCUACAGAUGUGCCAGUCUCAAUGGUACCCAGUGAUUUACCUAUCAACUUUCCUUUAAAUCUUGAAGAGGAUUUAAGAAGCCUAGAGAAUUAUUUAAAUAAUAAGGAAAAUUUGAAUGUUUUAAUUUUGUAUUUUUCACAGAAAGGGGCCAGUAAUGAAUUAAUAACAACUGUAAACAGAACAUUAAAGCAUUUAAUAUCAAAUGCACUAGCAAGCCAAUAUAGCUACUUUGGAAAAAGACAAAAAAGGGCUUUCCAUGAAUUAAAAUUAAAUGAACUUGUAAUUGGUUCAGUUAAACUUAGUUGUCCUGCUUGUAGUGACAAAACCAUAGAAGAUGCCAUAAAAGUUUGGCUGAAACAUGCACCCUAUCGUUUGAAGUUAACUCCAAUGUAG